CUUGCAGUACGGAGCAGCAUGUGGAGGUGCUGUGGUUAAUGUUGGAAACCACCUGCUACUGCCUCCGCUUCAUCUUCCAGCUCGGAUCUCUGGGCAUGCAUUCUGCACCUCCUUUUGCGUCCACAGCUUCUCUGGGAAUGCUCCGAUCUCCUUCCCACAUCUGAAUAUUCAACUAUCUAACCUAUCCAUCGAAGAGGACGCGGAGCUGGACCUUUACAGACUUGGACGCACAUUUUUACGCAUGAAAUAAUGCGAUCACUUCUUCCCAAAGGAUCGUGCGGAUUUAAGCUCCGGGUAGGAUUCAACGAACUGCACAGCUGAAAGCGACACAAGUCUGUUUAUGAAACCAUAAUAGUAGAUAAUGUAAUGCGACUUUUUUCCGUAGCUAGAUCUUUUUUUCUGCGCAAUUCACCGAAGCGUGCAAAACAUAUUGGCAGCCAUUUACAAGCUUAAUUCUGGUCGCAAGUCAGGGGUGUUAUUAAGAUCUUGAAAGACAGGGGCUUCAGCCCAGGCAGAAAAGGGUAAACAUUUUUAAACAUUUAAUUAUUAUAAUGCCCGAGCCAGCAUUUUCUUAGGCUGUCUUUUAUCAUGUAAGACAAAAGUGUAGGGAAAGUUUAGGUUAACAUGGUCAUCAGUUAGAUGCUGCCAUCCAAAGUAAGCCCCCCCAUGCUUGGAGAAGAGUGAAUAAUGUGACCCCUGGACCUCCCUGCUGACCAUCAUGGGAUGUGGCACCUCUGUUGCCACUGAAACACAAGUAAAGAAACUGGAAACGGAAGAAGCUCUUAAAAGUCCCAGCCCGGCUCUGACGUUGAAGGCAGCUGUAUUAAUUCAGCGAUGGUACCGGCACUACAUGGCCCGACUGGAGAUGAGACGGAGGUACACCUGGAACAUCUUUCAGUCCAUCGAAUACGCUGGGGAACAGGACCAGCUACAGCUGUCCAGUUUUUUUACUUACAUGCUGGACAACGUCACUCAGCUUAAUGGAAACGGACCUGACUUGAUCUCCCAGCUGCUGGACCCUGUCAUCGACCCCUGGCUAGACAGAGAGACCUGCUACAAAAUGAUCUCCAUCCCAGAGUCUUACACUGGACCUCGUAUUUCGUUUCCUCUUUCUGUCUCUGAUACAAACACACUUCUCAGUGCAUUUAAAGAGCAGCAGAUUCUACAUGCCAGGUAUGUCCUGCAGCUGCUGUACGAGACCAAAAAGCUCCUCAAACAGAUGCCAAAUAUUGUCCAUUUGUCAACAUCCUACACCAAGGAGAUCACCGUAUGUGGCGACCUGCAUGGCCGGCUGGAUGACUUACUACUGAUAUUCUAUAAGAAUGGACUACCUUCUGCUGAGACACCCUACGUCUUCAAUGGAGACUUUGUGGAUCGUGGGAAAAAGUCAGUAGAAGUGGUUAUCCUCCUGUUUGCCUACCUUCUGCUUUACCCUGACCACAUGCACCUGAACCGAGGAAACCACGAGGAUCACAUAAUGAACCUUAGAUAUGGAUUCACAAAAGAAGUUAUGCAGAAGUAUAAGACCCAUGGCCGUGAGAUCCUCCAGCUGUUUAAAGACGUUUUCAGCCUUUUGCCCAUCGCGACAGUCAUUGAUGCAAAGAUCCUUAUUGUGCACGGAGGAAUUUCAGACCAGACUGACCUGGAACUGCUCAGUUCUAUAGAGAGACACAAGGUGAAAUCUGCCUUGAGGUUUCCCAGACGCAGUUUGGAACAACUCGACAUUGGUCAGUCCCACCGACUGGGCAAAAGAAUGAGAUCGACAGACAGCUCUCAUCCCAGAAGCAGCCACAGCUACAAUGAGAACCACAGAACCCCAAGUCUGAGGAAGAGGAGAUGCAGGCUCAGCCGACAAAACAGCGGAGACUCCACUUCUUCAUCCUCGUCCUCAUCAUCCUCCUGUUCUUCGCUCUGCUCUCCUCGAACUCCAUCCUGCAUCUCACCUCAAACGUACCCAUCUUCUCCCAGCACACCCUACAAUGUCCUCCAGGUGCCUUUCCUGGAUUCCUUGUCGUUUGUUCCACUUCCAUCACCUCCACAACAGGAACGGGAAUGGAAACAAAUUGUGGAUAUAUUGUGGAGUGACCCUAGAACCCAAGAAGGCUGCAGCCCUAACACUUUCAGAGGUGGAGGUUGCUACUUCGGCCCUGACAUUUCUCAGAGGUUGCUGCACCAGCAUGGACUGCAGCUGCUCAUCCGCUCUCAUGAGUGCAAGCAGGAGGGAUAUGAGCUUUGUCAUGACGGACACGUGAUCACCAUCUUCUCCGCUUCAAAUUACUAUGAGGAGGGAAGCAACCGUGGUGCUUACAUCAAACUGGGCAAGGAACUGGUUCCUCGUUUCUACCAGUACCAAGUCAGCCGCACAACCCGCAGGCUUACGCUGACUCAGAGAGUACGUGCAGCAGAAGGCUCCGCUCUCAGGUCUCUAAAAGAGAAACUGUUCGCCCAUCGAUCUGAGCUGAUGACAAGCUUCCAACAGUACGACCCAAAAGAAACUGGUUGUGUUUCAGUCGGUGAAUGGGCCAAGGUACUGGAGUCUGUACUGAGACUAGACUUACCCUGGCGGACACUUCGCCCACACUUAGUCCAUCUGGCACCAGAUGGCAGUGUUGAGUAUCAGUCCUGCUUUGAGGAUUUGGGACCAGGAGCUGCUCUGCCUCAGGUUUCUCCCAAUUUGGCCGAAACUUUGUUCAGAUACAGGACCGACAUCGAGAUAAUUUUCAACAUCAUAGACAAAGAUCAUUCAGGUCUGAUCUCCAUCGAGGAGUUUCGCCACACCUGGCGGCUUUUCAGCGCUCACCUGGGGGUGGCUAUUGACGACGGAGCCAUUGAUGAGCUGGCCCGCAGUAUUGACUUCAACAAGGACGGCAGCAUAGACUUCACAGAGUUCUUAGAGGCCUUCAGAGUGGUGCACAAACUGGACAUUAAAGAACAUCAACUCAGUGAAAAGAUGGCUAAAAAGAAGUAUACAUGAAAAUAGCUCUAUUUGAAAGUAGGUAAGAGAAAAGGUGUGAAGAGAUGCAUUACAUUUCAUCUACCUAUGAUUGGCAAUUAUGUACAGUUUCUCAGAAGUUACUUGAUUCUUUUGAUUGCUGGCACCAACUCUUAUUGAGUGGUUUUGCAAUAAAAUUUGGCUGCCUCUUUAUUAACACAUUAAAAAAAACAUAGAAUGCCUUUUGAAAUGAAAUAGAUGCAAAUAAAUCAUUUUUUUUAUACCCAGAAUAGUUGAAUAUUAUUAAAUUAUUUGUGAGGCAUAUAAAAAAAAAAAACUUGUACCUGAAAAAUGUCACUUGUGAUCAUUUUAUUCAGGACUUUUUCUUGUGGUCUAAAUACACUUUUCCUAGUGUAGCUUCACCAGUUUGUUCAGUAUUUAUCUGAAUAAUGUACAAAUGUAUUCAAACGUUUCUGAUUUUUGUUUUUUUGACUAUUACAGUGUCCACAGUUUUCAUUGCUUAACUGUAAACAGAUGUAUUUAUGUAUUAUUUAUAUGUAUUAUUAUAUGUAUAUAUUGCCAAAAUCAUUUUAACUUCUUUGGAGAAACAAAGGUCGAACAACUCAUAGAUCCUUGGGGAAAAAAACAGUCGUACACAAUUUUAAGUGCAACACAAGCAUAUUGUUUAGGCUUGUAGUUCAAUUUUAUCGAUUCCUUAACUCUUCACAUCCUGAACAAGCUUAAUGUAUAUGUCAGAUUUUCCAUUUAUUGGACUGUAAUCAUUAGCACGUGUAAAUCUAAAGCUACGGUAUUUUUACUUAAUGAGAUAAUUAGUUUAACAGCUCAAUAUUCUGGCUUUAUGAAAUUUUUAUUUUGGCCUUUUAAUUAAUGAUUCAUUUUACACAUUUGUUCCACUUGCUUUUUGUGGCUAUCAAGAGACUUUUUAUUAAACUUGUUUUCAAAAUUCUACAUACCCCUGUUGAGAUUCGAGGUUUUUGAAACUUAAAAAUGAGACCAUGAUAAACGAUUUCCAAAGUUUGUCCACUUUUAAUGUGAUGCAAGUUCCCCACAAUUCCACUGAAAAAAAAAAACAAGUCCAUUAGCAGACAUAACCUGGGGUCAAAAGUUUGAACACACUUUAAUACUUUACUAAAUCACCUUCCAGCUUAAUUGCGUUGCUUAACAAGAAUAGGUCACCCUUUCACAUCCUGAUUAGGUUUCUGCACACCUGGCCUGAUACAAGCUCUAGCAGAUUGUAAAUUGACUAAAUUCAUAAAGUACAUUUCUAGUCACUUUGACCACUCAAAGCCCUUUACGCUAAAGCCACAUUCACCCAGUCGCAGACACCAAAGCACAAAUAUCUAUACACCAAUAGUGCCUUGCUCAGUGGCACAUCAACAUGUGACAGGGGAUGAAGCUGAAACUAAACCAGUGACUUUCGGAUUGAAGAACAACUACUUUUCCCACCGAGCCACAGUCGCAGACACCUCUUGUCCCGUGACCUUUAGAUGAUCUAACAGAAAUCUGUUAGACUUGGCUCUGGACUCUGGUUAGGUCAUUCAACAAUCAUAGUUUUCUUCUGGUGAAAAAUUAUUCUGUUGAUUUGGACAGAAGCUUAGUCUCACUGCAAUACUGAAAGGAAGAAGCCCCUCUUCAUCUUCAGCUUUCUAGCAGACACCUUGAUAGUUUGGGUCAAAGCUGACUGGAAUUUGAAAGUGUUCACAAUUUCACCCACCUUAACCAAAACCAAAUGAACAGAGUAACCUCAGAAUAUAAUGCUUCUACAAGGUUUUGGGAGAUUUUACCCAGACCUGGAUGUUUUAGAGCCUUGUGUCUUGCAGAGUUACUUCUUAGUACAGAAAUAUGGAGAAAAUGUCAGUCUGUCACAUGUGCGACGCAACCAGUACUCGACAUAAAUUGCUGACACCUUUCAGUGUUCCCCUGACAAUUAAAAUAGUUUGAAAAUUUUUUAAAGAGGAGCUCUGCGCACUCAGGAGAAAUGAUCCAAAGAAGGAAAUGUCAGAAAGGUCCCAAGAAGGACAGCUGAAGUUCAUUACAGGUUCAUCACACUCGCUAUAAUAUCAGGUGUGAACUCGAGAAGAUUGAAUACUAAAAUUGAAUCAAAAUUAGCUUUAACAAAGUAUUAGAUCAAAAAUGUGCACACUCGAAAAAUUAUGUUAUUGCACCUUUUUAUGUUUUAAAUUUUACCCUUUACCAGUUUUAACAUUUUUCAGUUGAAGUGUACAGGAUAUGCAUUACAUUCAACUUGAAAAAACUUUUUAAAUUUUUAAUAACAAUUUCAUUUUUAAUAAUUUAUAACCCUGGAAUUCUAACAGCGGUGUGUAGCCUCCUGCAGCUGUUGAUUUGAGAUGAAGUUCAAACAUUUGUAGGUAGUCCUCCUGCAAUGCAUUGGCUGGGAAACAGUCGCACAUCAUGAUGCUACCACCACCAUGCUUUAUUGCUGGCACAGUGUUCUUUCAGUGUGAAAAUCCUCCAAACGGCUGUAAAUUUCAGUUCAGACAGAAGGUGUUGAUUUAAAAGUUAUUUUAAUGUUUGCUGUUAGUGUGCAACAUCUGUAUUUAAAAAAAAAAAAAAAUCAGCAAAAAGAUGAAGCCUACAAAUCCAGAAGUAUUGUUUCAGCUCAAAUUACAUUUCCCACAAAUGAAUAAAAUUGCUGUCUGUAAACCCACCA